UGUGGGACAAGCUGUAGACCGUUGGUCAUCCGAGCUUCCACAUCUGGACACACCUGGACCGCAGGAGGACAUGUUCAUCCAGAAGCACAGAUGGACGCAAGCUCUGAGUGCACUGCUCCUGACCUGGGCCGUACUCUGCCAGGAGCCUCACAUGUCUCCCUUAACACAGACUGAAAACAUCAUCAGCAGCUGUCCGCUGGUCUGUAAAUGUGUCUCAGAAAGUACAGUGAACUGUGCAGGGGCGGAGCUCACUGAGUUUCCCCAACAGUUGUCUGACAAGACCCUACAGCUUUAUUUAGAGAACAACAUGAUUAACGAAGUAACCACAGAGCAUGUCUCACAUCUGCACCUACUCGAGACUCUCAAUCUUCAAAACAACGGCCUCUCCAGCGAUGGUCUUGAGGAUGAAGGCCUUGAAAUGCUUGAACAGUUGGCAUUUUUGUACCUGGCAAAUAACAAACUCACUUCUGCUCCCAAGGCACUGCCACAUUCCUUAGUAAGUGCAGAUUUUACUUCAAAUGAGCUUACAAGAAUUUAUCCGUAUACAUUUGGCUACAAGCCUAAGCUAAGGUCGGUGUAUCUCCACAACAACAAUCUGACGAACUCCAACCUUCCUGAGCACAUGUUCAAUGGCUCCAACAGCCUGGAGGUCCUCGCCAUGUCCAGCAACCUCCUGACCGAGGUGCCCAGGAACCUGCCGGCCAGCCUCCAUCAGCUCCACCUCAAGAGCAACAGGUUGAGGGCGAUUCCAGCAGGGGCCUUUGAAAAUCUGUCAAACCUGAGGGAGUUACAUCUGCAGGACAAUCUACUGAGCAGCCAGGGCAUCGGGCCCAUGGCCUUCAGUGAUCUGAAAAGGUUGGAGUAUCUGGAUUUGUCCAACAACAACCUAAGUGUUGUUCCCAGUGGCCUUCCAAAGAGCCUGCUUAUGCUCCACUUGGAGAAGAACUCCAUCCACAGCAUUCCUGCAGACAGUCUCAGCUCACUCCGGAGCCUAGAGUACCUUGUGAUUCACAACAAUAAGCUGCGUUCACGCACUAUACACCCUGCUGCCUUCCAGGGCCUGAAAAAGCUCCACACCCUGCACAUGUACAAUAACCUCUUGGAGAGAGUUCCCCGGGGGAUGCCACGAAGAGCCACAACCCUAAUGCUACUACACAACUCCAUUUCUGAGAUUGGACGCAAUGACCUGGCUCUGCUGCAUACUCUGACAGAACUCAACCUGAGCUAUAACAGGCUCAGCAGCAACAAACUGCACCAGGAGGCCUUCAGGAAGCUGCGAAAUCUCAGCACUCUGGAUCUGUCUGGGAACAGCCUGCAUGUGUUUCCUUUGGGCCUGCCCCGCAGCCUCCAGACCCUGGAGAUCAACAACAACCAGCUGAGCUCCAUCCCACAUGGGGCUCUGUCUGGUAUGGACAAACUGAACAGACUGGCCCUCAGCAACAACCAGCUCAAACUCAACUCUGCCUAUCAGGGGGCCUGGCUGGAGCUCAGCACGCUCAUUACACUGGACCUUUCUGGGAAUCUCCUGACCCAUAUGCCUCCAGACCUGCCAGAGUCCCUGGAAUAUCUCCACCUCCAAAACAACCGGAUCUCGUCUGUACCUGCCUCAGCGUUCGAUGGCAUGCGCAACCUUAAAGGACUUGAUCUGAAGCUAAAUCGUCUGACAGUGGCCUCCGUGGACGAGAGCACCUUCUUUCUCCUGCCUGAUUUGAACGUGGAGCUGGACUUUGAGCUUUCCUUCAGACCAAGAUCAUCAGACACUAUUCCACUGGACCAGGAGGAGGAGGAGGACAUCUGACUGCAUCUCUGUGCAGGCUCAGCGGCUGGUGCUGGAUGCCAGAUCGAUUCAAUCCCACCCAUUUCACCUGUUUUUAAAAGUUUAUGAAAGAGGAGGUAUUAUGUUAAAUGGACUUUUUGGUGUUUUCUACCAUGUUCCAACUUUGUUCUCUUAU